AUGGCGAAUGAUGAUACAACAACAGUUAAAUUUUUAAUACAUUAUCAACAACAAGCAACUGUUACUUAUUUACCAUUAAAUUUAACAUUAGAUUCAUUUUAUAAUCAUUUAUGUUCAAUAUGUCAUUUAACAUGUGCUGAUCCACCAACAUUUACUGUUAAAUGGCUUGAUGAAGCACUUGAUGCUAUAACAAUGUCAUCACAAAGAGAAUUAAAUACAGCUAUACGCUUAUACAAAAAGAAUGCUGACAAAGAAUUACAUAUACAUGUUUUCCCAAGUCGACCUGAACAACCAGGUCUACUAUGUCCAGGUGAAGAUCCAUUAAUAUAUCGACGGGGUGCACGUCGUUGGAAAAAACUUUAUUUAAUUAAUGGACAUCGUUAUCAAGCAAAAAGAUUUAGUACAACAGCUGCUUGUACUGUUUGUAAUGAUCGUUUAUGGGGUUUAGGUAGACAAGGUUAUAAAUGUCUUGAUUGUCGAGUUCUUGUACAUAAACGAUGUGUAAAACAGUUACGCAUUGUUUGUGGUACAACAACAUCAGGUACUUCACCUUAUCAUCCAAAAAUAAUAGAUUCCAAUGGACGACAUACAUCUGUAUCGAGUUCAACAACAUCGAAUGGACAACAAUCUAUAUUAAAUAAAAAACAAAAUGAGAAUCAACAACAAAAUGGUGUGAAUGAAAUUAUUAAACGACAUAGACCAACUGGUGCUAGUGUAAUGAAUGCUCGAGAUCCAAUGACAAAACAAAAAAUGUCAACUCUAUAUGAACCUGGACCAUUAAAACGAGCACAAGGUCUAUCUGAUCUUGGUCAUUCUCCGAUUGAUGAUCCAAAUGGUACAAAUAGCAAUUAUAUAGAUGUAGGUGAUGAUUUACGAACAUCUUCAACCGGUGCUCCAACUAUAAGUUUACAAGAUUUUGAAUUAUUAAAAGUUAUUGGUCGUGGUUCAUAUGCAAAAGUCUUCUUAGCAGAAUAUCGUCCACGACAUUUACGACAUAUUUCAAAUAAUCAUCAACCACCACGUCUCUAUGCAAUGAAAGUUAUAAAAAAAUCUAUUGUUAAUGAUGAUGAAGAUAUUGAUUGGAUUCAAUGUGAAAAAAAUGUUUUUGAAAAAGCAACAAAUCAUCCAUUUCUUGUUGGUUUACAUUCAUGUUUUCAGACACCAUCAAGAUUAUUUUUUGUUAUUGAAUUUGUUACCGGUGGAGAUUUAAUGUAUCAUAUGCAACGACAACGAAAAUUACCUGAAUCAAGUGCUAGAUUUUAUGCAGCAGAAAUAACAGUUGCUUUACAUUUUCUACAUGAACAUGGUGUAAUUUAUCGUGAUUUAAAAUUAGAUAAUGUUUUACUUGAUGCUGAUGGUCAUAUUAAAUUAACUGAUUAUGGAAUGUGUAAAGAAGGUUUAGAUUUUAAACGUGAUGAACGAACAAGUACAUUUUGUGGUACACCAAAUUAUUUAGCACCGGAAAUGUUAAGAAAUCAUGAUUAUAAUUUUAGUGUAGAUUGGUGGGCAUUAGGUGUACUUAUGUUUGAAAUGAUGGCUGGACGUUCACCAUUUGAAAUAGUUGGUUCAGCUGAAAAUCCUGAUUUAAAUACUGAAGAUCGUCUAUUUCAAGUUAUACUCGAACAACCAAUACGUAUUCCACGUUCAUUAACUGUUAAAGCUAAAAAUGUUUUAGAAGGAUUUCUUAAUAAAGAUCCUCGAAAUCGUUUAGGUUGUCGUUAUGAUCCAAUAUUAGGUUGUCAAGCUGGUUUUCAAGAUAUAUGUUUACAUCCAUUUUUUUAUCCUUCGAUUGAUUGGCAACGAUUAGAAUCACGACAAAUUGUUCCACCCUAUAAACCAAUGUUAACUGAAGAUAAAGAUCUUUCACAUUUUGAUCCACAAUUUACAAAUGAAGAUGUCGUUUUAACACCUGAAGAUGACGAAGUUUUAGCACGUAUUCAACAAUCAGAAUUUGAAGGUUUUGAAUAUGUUAAUCCUUUAAUUAUGACUGUAGAAGGCAAUGUUUAA